AUGUUUCUACGAGGACGAAGGUCGAAACUUGCCAAGUUGCUGCUAAUUAUUCUAUUGCUUUACAGUACAGCAUUCUUAAUGCUGUUAUCACAAAGUCGUGGCCUUAACAACGACACAGUGGAAAAACUGCUGCCUCGUCAAAGAGAAAAAGAUAUUGCCCAUGAUUUUUCUGAUCACAAAAAAGAAAAACAUACAGAGGACACUACUCCCAAACCCCACGGAGAAAGUGGCUCUGCAGAGGAAUUAAAGGGUCGUGACAUUCUGGCUCUGCAAAAUGAACUUCUCCGUAACUCCGAUAGUCGUCGCCUACGUGCCGUAUUGAGUCAAACUUUUACUUCAAUUGAUGGAAAGAAUGCGAGGACUCUCAGCGGGUUCCUCACACGGUUUUACGAUGCGGAUAAAGUAAUCCGCUCGGAUGGUCGCAUGAAUGCACCGCAGCUGCUGGAGUACUACAACCAAACGGCUAAACGUAACACUGCAAGACUGCGUUCUUAUGAUGGAAUUAUUGAUAUGGACAAUAAAGGAUUAUCUGAAGUGGAUCGUGUUGGGUCUAUAGAUGAAAUACUUUUGUUGAUCUUUAAUGAUUGGGACUACAAGGCAGAUAAGUAUCUCGAUAUUUUACAAACAAUGGCUCUUGAACUACAAAUGUUUGAAAAUUGCCCAAUGGAGGAUAUUCCCGAUACAGUUUUGAAUCGUGUGGUUAAAAUGAGUGAUUCUCCAUCACGUGUUGCUUCUCUCCGUCGCGAGGCGUUUAAAGAUAUUUUCAAGAUUGAUGAAAGUACACCUCUUCAAGCAUCUUCAGAUCAUUACCUCUUCCUAUGGCCCAAACCGACAGAUUCUGCACCCCCAGCACAUAUCAUUGCCGCUAUUCGACCAGUAGACUUUGACGGUGGUUCUCUUUUUGGAAGUAAUACAAUCCAAGACACAUUUCAAUCACCCUCCUUAUUCUUUUAUAGAAAAGGUAUGCGGAAAAUUCAGCCCUAUAAAGGUCAUGCUUCUCUGAAGCAUGUGAGUGAUUUUGUUAUUGCAAACAGUAAUUCCAAUUUUCAACUAACGUCUUUUGAUGAUCUGCACACCGUACUUGGGCGUUUUGAUCAACUUGCACUUAUUAUCUGUAAAGGGGCAGAUUAUAAUGCGGGUCGUUUCUCUUCUCCAUUACGAGACAUACUCUUUAAUGAAACCACUGAAUUGCGACAGAUGUUGGGAGCUGUGCGUCCAACAUUUUUUGUGCAAGAAGAGUUAUUUGAAACGAAGGGACCAGUGGACUGGAAUGCACCAGUUGUUAUUCGUAAAGAACAACUAAAACCGGAUUCUCUGAGUUUUAUGGGAACAAAUAGAAGAAACGGUUUGCCAGCGGAUUUUAUUGAGCGACUCGACUUGCUGCCAAUCCAAGACACCGUGCGAGUUGUAGUUCUAGAUAGAAUGUCAUUGUUAACAAAUGGAGAAAGGAGUAGAUCUCUUUCAGACUUUGUUGCUCAGGUUCUCCACUUUCCUGCCCCAAGCAAGAAAACGGAUCAUUCAAUGUGGAGUAACUCCUUUGGUAUGCGAAUUGUUGAUUUUGUGAGGGAUGGGGGUUCUAUCUCACCAUCUCUCAUUCGUGUGACGGGUUGGGAUUUGCAAAAAGUGUAUGAAAAACACUUUGGUCAGUCCUACGGCGACGUACAUAAGCGGGCACAACGUUUAUCUUUAAGAAUGCCAAAGAAAGAAGAUGAUAAACGACUUUUGGUUCUAAUUGUGCUUCGGAGAGAGAGUGAAGGUGCUGAAAAUAAUUGUGAAAAGGCCGCAUUUACUGCAGCGCACGCAAGUAUGGAGGACUCGCGUAUUAAAUAUGUAACAGCUGCUGUUGAUGAGGCACCCGCCCUAAUAGAGGAGUUACGCUUCUCUGUAUGGCGGUAUUCUAAAGAAGAAAGUGCAAAAUACUGCGAAGUAUACACAUUUGAUGCUAAUGGUGCGGUGCGGGCGAUAGAUAUUACCGCACAAGAGCUUGAUGCUACGAAGAGUAACUGGAUAAAUUAUUUCUUCAAAGAAACAGAUAUUCAAGAAGGAAAUGGGGAUAUGCUUUCUAUUGCACAUCCUAUACUUCAAGAGUUGCGUGAUGCCACCGCAGAACUGCGAAAUGAUAUGCAUAAAGUUACUUUACCAAUACCUUAUAUGACUUUUCGCAGUUCUCUUUAUGGAACCUCCGAUCGGUUUGCUCCGUGGUUUCUGUGGCUCCCACCACUUGAGACGGUACCACUCCUUGUUCAUGUACAAAAAGAGAAACACACAGAAACUUCGAAAGGACUUUCUCUUCUUUUAAUACAUGAUAGUUCCUGCGGAGCAUCGACCAAUACCCUCAAGGCAUUUCGAUUAUUUGCAGAGUGUGAAAAAUAUGGAUCCUUACCUGUACCAAUCGAUGUAGUGGAGUUUGACCUUUCAGAGAGUUACAUCACGUCAGAUAAAAAUGGACAGUUGCUGCGUUGGAAUGAUACAGAUAUCAGUAAAACGCGUCGCUCUGCACUUUAUGAACGUCUCAAGCCAUAUUUAAAGAAUCCCGCUCGGUUAAAACCUCCACAACUCCUUGUAUUGAAUAACACACAUGUUGUCAGUACACUUGGGGUUGUGCCAUCAUAUGAAAUAGAUAAUAAACCAAAGAAGGGGGAUUUAAAUAAUGAUCAUGUAUGGAAACUCUCCCGUUUUGUGAGCCAUAUGGAUCAGCGUUUGAAUGCGGGGUCCCUCUAUGCUUGUAUGAAUCGAGCGAUGCAACCAGAAAAAACCAGUCGACAGCAGUACCGUUCUUCCUUAAAAAAGAAAUGA